AUGUUAAACGCCGCGCUAGAGACUAGGGGAGCCCUUUCUUCAUCUCAGAUCGUGGAUCGGACGGCUGCCGGCGAUUCUGGCGAUCAGAAUAUUUCCGCGCCGUCAGAACUGCCGGCGAAGUUCAAACAGUACGCAUCCACAGCAGACGGCGAUGCGAUUCCGUACGCCGUGGUCCGCGCCGCGUGGUCCUCUUUACGGGAGCGGCACGGGUUGGAUCGCAGCGACCGCAGCGACCAGAGCGAAGAGAGUGGUAACACAAGGACGGGUCAGAUUUCGCCGAGCGACAGCUGCGAGACGAGCGAAGUGAACGAGUCAGAAGCACGGGAGGAAGCCUCAGGCGUUACUUCUCAAGGCACUGCGAGCAGCACUGGCAACACGAGUAACGAUACUGCGAGUAGCAACGGCAGUGCUGCCAGGUGCAGCGGAAACGGGAGGAGCAAUGGCAGUGCAAGCAACGGCGCUGCGAGCAGCUACAAGCGCCCUGAUUGGCUUCUGCACGAGGUGCUGCAGGGCUGCCAGGUGUUGCUACCUGCUCCACCCGAGCCUCCGAAGAAGAGUGCGGAGCUGGAAGCUCGUCUGGCUGCUCUCAAGGAAGCGGAGGAACAGAGGCGGUAUAGAGAGCUCGUGAGAGAUGUGGAUCCCAAGGGAGCAAAAGGGAGAGGCGCAGGUGGUGGUGUUGAUGAUGAGGAGGACUUCGGAGGGCAGGGGGGAAGCUCGUACCUGGCUUCGUACAGAGAGCAGCUCGGGUUCGGCAUGCAUGUGGUGGGUGUGAUGUUCACCUGUUACCUCUUGGGUCACUUCGCUGCUUCUGCUCUUAUCAAAGACCAACCUGCCCUGCACCCAGUGGGAGGUGCAGUGGGUUUGAUAUUCGGCAUGCUGCUAGAAACCACACUCUUCAUAAUCCGUACGACGCAGCUCGAGGAGAAACAAGCUAAGCAACGCAGCAAGAAGGCUGCUAGAAAGCAUGGAGUGUCAGUGCCAUCACUAACUGUAGGGCGGGCUUCUAGCCAAGGGACCCAGACAGCACAUAAGAGUGUUAGUAAUGUUGCUGUGGGUUCUGAGGAGUUGGAUGCAGUGCGGCAAGAGCUGAUUGAACUGGCAGGGAGACGGCAGAAAGGAGCUGGCGUGUCAGGCUCUUCAGGGGGUUCCAUGGUAAGGAGGCGGAAUGUGCGGCAAGCUGACGGUGACUAG